AUGACUGACCGCGGCCCGAAAGCUAUUUAUGCCGCAUUGACAGCAACAAUUAAAGAAUUAUCCCUCCGCCACCCGGACAGCUUGUUUUUGGGGAUCUCCCGCUUCGAAAAGCAUAACACCGGUCUCUUCUCCCUACCUCGAUGCCAAAGCCAUUUGACAUGCAAUGGGGAAAUCUGCCAUUCUCACGCGUACGAUGGUAGCAUGCACCUCACUCUCCACCCUGCAGACGUCAAAACCAUUAUCGAAAAGGGAUGGGGGGAGCGCCACCCCCUUGCUCGAGAAAGCUGGUGGUGGAAAUUCCGGUUCGUCCCUCCUACUUUCGUCCUGAUCUACUCCCCACGUACCAUGGAGGAAUUACGCUGCGUGACUCAGAUCAUCUACGCCGCGUCGUGGUGGAUUAGUGGGAUUGAUUUGUGCAAAUUCGACUCGAACAACGGCCUCACUCCAGCAACGUCUCAAGAGCAGCGGCCGCAGCAGCAGCACCAGCAGCAGAACCGUGAGACAGAAAGUGACGUCGUGAGAAAAGACCAGGUAUGGUCCUCCUCUUCUACUGAGCUUAACGCAAUUGCAAGUCAGGAUUCAGGAACCACGGCGUGUGAGAUGCCUGGGUUUCCCCUCGGAUGA